AGCGGGUGGGUGGGGCGCGGCUCGGUCAGCUGAGUGGCGGUCACGAGACUGCGACCAGCUUCGUCUGAUUUCUUGGAGGACAGGGAGGGAUGAGCGGGGUUCUCCGAGUGCGACAGGACAUGGAGGAGUGGGAGAUCCUGCAGGCCUGGAAGGAGCGCGUGGGACAGGAGCUGGACCGAGUCAUGGCCUUCUGGAUGGAGCACUCCCACGACCCGGAGCAUGGGUGGGCUGCCCCCUUCGGGCACCCUCAGCAGGGUCUUUGCCCGUCCCGAGCCCCCACCCUGAGCUCCCAGCCCACCCUCAGAUUUCCCUCCAGCCCUUCUCACCUCCGGUCCUGGGGGCUGGACACAGGGCUGUGGGGGUCUGCGCAGGCCCCCCAUCUACUGUUCAUGGUACAUGUCCCCGACAGGGGUUUUUUCACAUGCUUGGGCCGUGACGGGCAGGUGUAUGACGACCUCAAGUAUGUCUGGCUGCAGGGGAGGCAGGUGUGGAUGUAUUGUCGCCUGUACCGAAAAGUCAAGCGCUUCCGCCGCCCUGAGCUCCUGGAUUCAGCCAAAGCAGGUGGUGACUUUUUGCUGCGCCAUGCCCGGGUGACACCUCCUGAGAAGAAAUGUGCCUUUGUGCUAACAAGGGACGGCCGCCCUGUCAAGGUGCAGCGCACGAUUUUCAGCGAGUGUUUCUACACCAUGGCCAUGAACGAGUUAUGGAGGGUCACAGGGGAUGUGCGCUACCAGAGUGAAGCAGUGGAGAUGAUGGAGCAGCUCGUCCACUGGGUGCGGGAGGACCCAUCGGGGCUGGGCCAGCUGAGGCUCCCAGGGGCCCCCAGCGCUGAGCCCAUGGCAGUGCCCAUGAUGCUGCUGUGCCUGGUGGAGCAGCUUGGGGAGGCGGACGCAGAGCUGGCAGCCAGAUAUGCAGAGCUGGGGGACUGGUGUGCCGGCAGGAUUCUGCAGCACGUCCAGAGGGACGGGCAGGCUGUGCUCGAGAACGUGGCUGAGGAUGGCAGGGAACUUGCCGGUUGUCUGGGGAGACACCAGAACCCAGGCCAUGCGCUGGAAGCUGGCUGGUUCCUGCUCCGUCAUGCUAUCCGGAAAGGUGACCCUGACCUACGUGCCCACGUUAUCGACAAGUUCAUGUUGCUGCCUUUCCGAUCAGGAUGGGACCCUGACCAUGAAGGUCUCUUCUACUUCCAGGAUGUUGAUGGCCUCUGCCCCACCCAGCUGGAGUGGGCCAUGAAGCUCUGGUGGCCUCACAGCGAAGCCAUGAUCGCUUUCCUCAUGGGCUACAGUGAAAGCGGAGACCCUGCCUUGCUUCGCCUCUUCUGCCAGGUUGCAGAAUACACCUUCCGCCAGUUCCGUGAUCCCGAGUACGGGGAAUGGUUUGGCUACCUGAACCGAGAGGGGAAGGUCGCCCUCACCAUUAAGGGAGGUCCUUUUAAAGGCUGCUUCCACGUGCCGCGGUGUCUGGCCAUGUGCGAGGAGAUGCUGGACGCCCUGCUGAGCCGCGGUGACCCGGCCGAUGUGCCCGUCCGCCUAGGCGCGGAAUAAAGCUAAGCUUGCUGUA